AUGUCUCACUUCACCAUCGGCACUUUCUUCGCCUCCACGGCCACCGCUCUCGCGCCAUUCCUCAUCGUCUACUACAUGCCGCAAAAGACGCAGACCCCUUCAUCGGCGCUGGCGUCCCUCCCCAAACCCCGUCCUCUGGCGGCUUUGCGCGACGCGCGUGAGAACGCGAAGACCGCGCCCGAGUUCAACCUCAUCUAA